UCAAAGAGUUCUUAUGUUUGUAAAAUCUGUUGCCAGUCAGUGAUUAGUUUUUAGAAUGUCUGGUGUGCCUUAUCUUGUGUUCUUCUUUAUCUCUCAUCUUUUAAUUCUUUGUUUGGCUCAAGAAGAAAAGGGCUCCAGCCCAAAAUGUCAGCAUUUCGAUUGUGGAAUUUUCCGCAAUUUAAGCUUCCCCUUUUACAAUGAAACGUAUUCUGAGUGUGGAUUCUUGACAGUAGAAGGCUGCAAUGAACAAGUUCAGAAGAUACGACUGGGGAAGGAUGGGCCACUGUUUCAUGUUACAGGCAUCACCAAGGAUAAUACGCUUCUGCUUCAAGAGAAACCAGAAUAUGAAAAGCCUUUCGACCACCGUAGCUGUGUUGAAUACUUGAAGAAUUUUACCAUUCCCAGCUCUCCUAUUCUCUCUUUUGAGGUAUUACCAAAAAAUCAAAUCCUGUUCCAAUGUCCCGGUUCGCCUUACACUGCCCCAGAAGAUUACGGUUCGCUUUGCAAUGACUGCAACCACUCAAUUAUCUACUACAAAGGCUCAAAUCAUGGAGAACCAUUAAGUCCUCGUGACUGCUCACCUAUUCCGCUUCAAAUGAACAAGACUCCAAAGGGUGUUGAUUACUUUAAUGUGUCUACUGGCUGGUUCCGUAUUCAGGUGAAUGUGACGAAGGAAUGUCUUGAUUGUAAUAAUAGAGGAAGCCAAUGUCGAAUUGACAACAAGAUAAAUUUUCAAUGUCCAAAGGCCCGAAAAGAAAAUGGAAGCCUAUUGAAGACAGGCAUAGGAGUAGGAAUUGGAGUUGGAGGAUUAACAGUCCUUAUAGUGGUUCUAUUAAUUUGGUUCAUUCGUCGUCGUAAGAAACAAAAAUAUGAUAACUUCAACUCAAGAUACACUGCUUCAAAUCCUUCCUCCAACUCAGAGCUGCAACUAGGCAGUGCCUAUUAUGGGGUCCCUAUCUUCUCCUACACUGAACUUGCAGAAGCUACCAAUAAUUUUAGUGAGGCAAAUGAAGUUGGGCACGGAGGCUUUGGAACGGUAUACUAUGCAAAACUUCGCGAUGAACGGGAAGUUGCUGUCAAGCGUCUAUAUGAGCACAACCACAGAAGGCAUCAGCAGUUUAUGAAUGAAAUUAAGAUCCUCACACAUUUGCGCCAUAAAAAUCUGGUCUCCCUCUAUGGCUGCACUUCUUGUGACAGUCCGAAGGGCCUCCUCCUUGUGUAUGAAUACGUUAACAAUGGAACUGUUGCAGAUCACCUCCAUGGUGAUCGAGCGAAGCCUGGUCCACUCACUUGGCCUAUUCGUUUGAACAUCGCCAUUGAAACUGCCAGCGCAUUGGUCUAUCUCCAUGCUUCUGAUAUCAUACACCACGAUGUCAAGACUCAUAACAUUCUUCUUGACAACAACUUUUGUGUAAAAGUUGCAGAUUUUGGGCUUUCGCGAUGGUUCCCCAAUAAUGUUACUCAUGUUUCAACUGCUCCACAAGGAUCUCCAGGCUAUGUUGACCCUGAGUAUUAUCAAUGCUACCAGCUAACCGAUAAGAGCGAUGUUUACAGCUUUGGAGUUGUUCUGAUUGAGCUCAUAUCAUCAAUGCCUGCUGUUGAUAUAAACAGGCAUAGACAUGAGGUCAAUUUGGCUAACUUUGCCAUGAACAGGAUUCAAAAGCGUGCAACUGAGGAGCUGAUUGAUCCAUCUCUUGGAUAUCAGUCAGAUGCAGAAGUCAAAAGGAUGACAACUUCAGUUGCAGAGUUGGCAUUUCUAUGUUUGCAACAGAAUAAGGAAAUGAGACCUGCCAUGGAUGAGAUCUUGGAGGAACUGAAGAGAAUUGAAAGUGGAGAAUCCAAGUUGAAGAGUGUGCAGCAGCCACCAGAUUGUGACGAUCUUGCCUUGAUGAAGCACAUCCAGAUGCCAUCCUCACCCAUUUCUGUGACAACAAAUUGGAUCAGUAGUGACACUACAUCUAAUGUGAGUGGUUAAGUUUUUGGCUUACAUGCUGAAAAUAUGUGUAAACAUUUCACUUGUAGAGGUGAUGUAUAUGUGAUAAAAUGGAGCUGUUUCUUGUGCUUAUGUUUUAAGGCUCCUGUGAUUUGUUAACUAGUUUCCAGUUUGUAUUUUGAAAGCUGAUCCUAUCUUUUUCACUUGAUAUUUGACCAGAAUUGUCAUUGAUAGUAUAGCAAACAGAGAUAACUUCUUGUAAUUGUAAUGUGAGUUUCCAGUUUCCAGUUUUGGAAUCAGAGGAUCAACCGUCGUGAUAGUUGUUCUGUUAAUUUGGUUCAUACACCGUCACAAGAAACAAAAAUAUGCAAGCUUCAACUCAAGAUUCAUUUCUGAUCCCUCCUCAAGAUCAGAACUGGAAGUGGGCAGUGCCUGCUUUAGGGUC